UCUUACGGUGUUGAAUGUCUACAACAGCUGCAACAUAUCCCCUUUUCCACUCAAACUUUUUUUGUUCACGUUACCUCGAAACUUGUCCAAAAGAUGAACUACACGGCAUUCAACGACACCGAGUCUACCGGUUUGCUCUCCAACAGUAGCGAUGGUUUCUUCAAGUGUUGCAACGUCUCCUCGUCGGUGGUCACGGAUAGCGGCUUUGAGGCAACCGUCUUGGAUGAGCGUAACUUUUUCAUGACGCGCGUGGUUCAGAUAGCCGUCAUGUGCGUGCUGUCCCUCACCGUGGUGUUCGGGAUCUUCUUCCUCGGCUGCAACUUGCUCAUUAAAUCCCAGGGCAUGAUCAACUUUCUCAUGACGGACAGGAGACCCUCCAAAGACGUCGAGGCGGUCAUUGUUGGCACUUACUAAAGAUGAAAUGACAGAAAACGGGGAGAUUUUGGUUUCUGAGGACGAGGUUGAAUGAACGCACAAUUGAAUUGAUUUUUUCCCACCAUGCCAUUUUUAGCACCCGUGGACACAAGGGAUGCAAUGUUUAGCUAAAGACAGAGACAUACAUGCAUGACAAAAAAACCUUCUCUUACUCAAAUCAGCUCUUUACUUCUGGAGAGGGGGGUUAAUGCAUCUCUCAAUCUUACAUAAUUUGAAGAUGAUUUCCAAGCCGGGCUCGGGCUUACUCGUUUUGAAUGUAUUCCUUGUGUGAAUGGAAGGACAUGAUAGAUAGGCUGCUGUCUUUGUAUAGGAAUUGUUCAUCAUUGCCAUUUGGAGAUUGUGUAAUAUUUAACUUUUUCAAGAUUUUUUGGGCAUUAAGUGAAAAUAAUGUCCCUGCAAUGUAGCCUAAGAUCAACGUUCACGUCUUAAAAAGCAUUUGUAUUCUUG